CUUAUUGGUCAAGCCAUGCAUUAAACUGGUUUAGCUUAGGACCUUUCAGGUUAUGUUAGCCGUUGUUUUUUACUGAUAUCUGGCCAAGGUGACCAACGCAAUGAUGCCUAGGCAAGGCCUUGGUGACUAAAGCGACACCUAGACAAGGCUUUGGGAGCAAAGAGAGGGCCAAGUUGUAGAAUAACGAGGUGUGUGAAGGCUUUGCCCUUUCUGAAGGGCCUUGCCCUCUUGGACUAACCGUGGCCUAGAUGAGGCCUUGACAACUAUUUGUUCUAUGUUCACCUUCCUGCUGUUUAUGUUUGAACCAAGAUUUUUAAACACCAUAAUUAGUUCUCUUUACCCCUCCUACGGUUCUACCUCCUCACUGGUCUCUGCAUCCUCCUUCCCUCCAUACUUUUCACUUGUCUCCAGUCUUUUCAACUCUCUGUAUUAAUCCUAUGUGUACCCUCUUCUGUAACCAAGUCUUCCAUUCCUGACCCUAUACAACUAGCUUCUUCUGUCCUUCGUCUUUCAGUAUUCCUAAAAGAUCUUUAGUUUCUUUUCGCAGACUCCAAAGCUUAAUCUUAGUUAUUUGCUUUCAAAACUCCAAAACAUAACCGUAAGACUUUGCUGAAAAUAAUAUCAAUCGAGAUGACAAUAACCAGUGUAAGUCUUGUUCCUAUAGAAACCCAAGUAUUGGAUAAACAAACCCUUAUUGCCACUGUUGGGACUGGCUAUAUAAUUCCUGGUUUGCUGCUCCCUAUAAAACCAUGUCUAAUAGUAAAAGCAGUAACUGUUGCUGUCUUGGCCAUAUUCCCUUUUGAAAUUGAAAUCUGCUUUGUUUGUGCUGCUAUAAUUUGUUUUUGGCUUGGUGAUAGUCCGUAAUGAUUUGGUUGGCAGUUGAUUGUAUAAGAUUGAGUCACUUUGGCAUGUUAGUUAUUCUUAUGUUGUUUCUGGCUGCAAGAUUUUCAUAGGUUACCAUUGAUAUUCUAAAUAUAUUUCAAUCUUACCAUGUACAGUGAAUAGUAUGACUGGGAUCAUAUACCUUCCCAUCAAUUGAAGUUGCAACUUGUUUGAACCAUUGCGUAGAGUUGAUAUGAAAUAUUAUGCAACUAAUGGUCUAGUCUGACAUGUUUGCAGGCAUUGGAUACUUUCAAUACUGCAGUUGUUUCCCCUGUAUAUUAUGCUAUGUUCACUUCUCUCACUAUUCUUGCAAGUGCCAUAAUGUUUAAGGAUUGGUCUGGUCAGAGUGCAAGUAGUAUUGCAUCAGAACUCUGUGGAUUCAUCACUGUGCUCUCUGGGACCACUGUAUUGCACAGCACAAGAGAACCAGAUCCAUCUCCUAUUACAGAUUCAUAUACUCCACUUUCACCCAAAAUAUCGUGGCAUGUCAACGGGGAAUUAUGGAAGCAGAAGGAUGAUGAGGGGCUGCCCCCUGAUUUUGUUACUAUUAUUCAGCAAGACUACUUCACCUAGAUGUAUUUCUGUGAGCUUCCAAGUUUUGUGAAUACAGCUUGCUGGUGGCUCUUGCAAGCACACAAGUUGUUGCUGAGCCUAUGGUAUCAUUGUAUAUAUUUGAAGAUGAAACUGGUGGUUUGAAGUCUGAUUCCUGCAUCCUACUCCAGCAACUCUACACUUGCAGCUCGGGGAGUUUUGUCUGCUUGUGCAGGCCAAGUUUAUUUGAAGUCAUUUUUUGUUCCAUUUUGGAAUCCAGCCAGGUGUGCAACUGAAAGCAGGUUAUCUUUUGCAGCACAGGUAGCAGCAGCCUUAGCUGUAUUUUCUGCGAUGGUCUUCAGUUCUCUUUGACAUCUUACCUUAGAUCCAUUUCAUUCAUUUUGUUGUUUCAUUUUUGUUGUAUUAGUCCAAUUACCGGAAUGGGGAAUGAUCUAAUCCCGGCCUUUAUAGUGAAAGAGGAAAAAAAUGAUCCUGUAUUUCCAAAUCUAGUCUCAAUCAUGGAUGAUAAGUGGAAAGGAUAAUGAUAAUGUUUUUCAGUGAUCAACAAAUCUGAAACUGUAAUCGUUUCACAAUGUUAAAAAUCAAUGUUGUUGCGUCGUUCUUGCUCAUCA